UGCGAGUAAACUGUUUCUCCCAUGUGUCUGCUGAACGCAAUCAUUGUAUAAAGAUAAACCAUGUGCAACUCUGUUUUGUUUUACUAUUGAACAAUAUCGGGAAUUUAACAAACCUCUGAUAAAAAUGGAAACAAAUGUUAUACCUUGUACUACAUGGGUGAAAAAAGGCGUCGCUGCAGCUGUUCCGGAAAAAAUUGAAUUAAGACCUGAUGAGCUUGAGAAGAUUAUAAAGGAGACGCAAGCUGCUCUGAACAAUGAUAGUAAUGAUGAUGAUUCUGACGAAGAAGGAUCCAAAAUACAAUCUAAUACAAAAAAGAAAGAAGAAUCAGCUGUUACUGAUGAAUAUAACUUUAAAGCUUAUGAUAAUGAAUCUGGCAAUAUGUAUUGUUAUAUUAGUAAUUUGGCUACUUUUGAUACAAGUGGCAAAGAUCCUCUCAUAACAAACGAUGAAGAGGAUUCAGAUAAGGAGGAUGACAUUAUCAAAAUUGAUGAUAAUUUAGUAUUAUUUGGGCAUGUUGAGGGAGAUGCUAGCAUCUUGGAAGUAUUUGUAUAUAACGAAAGGGAAGGAUCGUUUUAUUGUCAUCAUGAUAUAUUGCUACCUUCAUUUCCAUUGUGUAUAGAAUGGCUUAACUAUGAUCCUACCACUUCAAAACCAAGCAAUCUAUGUGCUAUUGGUAACAUGACUCCUAUAAUUGAAGUAUGGGACUUAGACUUGAUAGACUGUUUAGAACCAGCCUACAAAUUAGGUCGUAAACCAAAUGAGAUGAAGAAACAAAAACGUAUUGGCCACAAAGAUGCAGUUCUAGACAUAUCGUGGAAUCAUAAUUAUACACAUGUUCUUGCUAGCGGUUCGGUCGAUCGGACAGUCUUAUUAUGGGACUUGGAUAAUGGUAAACCUGUGAAUAAACUAGGUCCGUUCAAUGAAAAAGUGCAAACGCUAAAAUGGCAUCCACAAGAAACCCAUCAACUAUUGAUAGGAUGUGCCGAUGGACUAGUAAAAUUGUACGAUUGCAUGAAUGAAGUACCUGUUAUACAAUGGGAGGCAUUGGGAGAAGUGGAAAGAGUCUUAUGGAAUUAUUAUGACCAAAAUUAUUGUAUUAUUAGCACAGAUAAUGGUUAUAUAGAAUACUUUGAUAUAAGAAAACACAAACCAUUAUGGCAACUUAAGGCCCAUGAAAAGGAAAUUACGGGUCUUUCUCUUAGUACAUCAUGCCGAGGUUUGUUAGUCUCUUGUUCAUACGAUGGUAUGAUCAAAAUAUGGGAUAUAGACCAAGAAUCUCCUACUCUUAUACAGGAACAGUCAAGUAAUUUGGGCGCUAUACAGUGCCUCGCGGCAAACCCAGAUAAUGGAUUUGUAUUUACUAUUGGCGGAGAUAAUAAAGAGCACAAUUUUAAAGUGCUGGAUCUUAAGGAGAUACCUACAGUGCGAGAGAGAUUUGUAAAACGCGUCGCAUCAAAAAAUUUGAUGGAAUCUCGGCAAGAAGAGACGAUGGACGUCAUCGAAGAUAUGGAAAAUAUGGAAAUUGAAAAUCAGGAAUCGUCAAAAGAAAAAAAAGAAAAAUAUGGAAUCGUGAGAAGAAAAUUCGUCGUCGUUCUCCGUCGUUACAAACUGCUCGAUAUGGAUGUGUCAGAUGAUAUAGAUAAAGCAUGGGAUCAUCCAUGGACGACAGAAGAGAUGAGGAACAAGAGAAGGGAGUGGAGUCUAGCUGGUGAUGUCGGACUUCUUAAACAUCUUCAGCAAUUUUCUGAAAAUCUGGUAUCCAAGGCCACCAAGACUCAAGCUGCUCUGGAUACGUUGACGACACAAUUAAAAGAAACGGAGAUACUAGUGGAUAAUGUUACUAACACAUCUCUGGCUUUGGCCAAUACUCAAUUUAUUGAGAGUCGCGUGCAGGAGGAUGAUAUAGAAAUUAAGGAGAAUGUAGAUGAGAAGCAGGAAAAUGCGAAGACUCAGGAGUCGACGCCAGAGAAUCUUUUGGCCAGUAUAAGCGAGAGCGUUAAGCAAGGUUUAAGCAUAAUGGAUGAAAAGUACAAAGUAAUGGAUGUGGCUUGCAGCGAUAGCGAAGAAGAAGACGAAGGAGGUGUAGUAUUCAGUGUCAUUGUGGGACCCAAUGAUCCAUAUCAAGAUCGGCCCUUGCCGUAUAUUAUCGGUUCAGAUAAAUGGAUAGCGUCGAAUAAGAUAGGUUUAGAGAGUAGCAGUAGCGAAUCCGAACAAGCCGACGAAGAGAGGGAGGAAUCGGAAAGUGAGAAGGAAGAUGCUGGUGUGCAUAAAGUGUUUAACAGUCGACACAAUCCGGAGAUAAAUAUAGCGAGGUUGUCGUCCUCCAGCGAUUCGGAUAAUUAUAAUGAUCACAGCAAUAACAUAUCUUACGAGAAUAAUAAAACGGAUAUUGCAUCUCAGAAUAACAUAAAUUCUGCUUCAGAGUCUGUCACACCUAAUAAUGUAUCUAAGUCAAAUGAAGCGGCACCGAAUUUUGCAGAAGAAUUAGCCAAGCGAUUAGGCACCGUUCGCCAAGCGCAAAAGCCUGUCGCAGUAGAUGAAACUAAUGAAUCAUCGAUUAAUCGAUUUAAAGAUGAUCUCUUUGCGUCUGAGAAGGAUGAAGAUGUGUUCAACGGUUCUGACAAUCUGUUUAGCAGUAAAAAAGAUCUCUUCGACGAUCAAGUAUCUGCCAAUCUGUGGAAAGAAAAGCCAAUCAAAUCUUACAAAAAUAGUAAUAUUAUCCCAGCCAGUAUCGAUGUGCCACCGCCGAUUAGUAUAGUUUCGACAAAACCAAAGUCAGCAAUAGACGAUCUAUUUGCCGAUGCCGAUUCGGAAGAAGAUUCGGAUGACAUCUUCUCAUCGAAGAACGCCAUCAAAAAACGCACGAAGGAAUCGGUCGCGAGCGAUAACGCUUAUCCCGCAAACAUGGAGGAUGUGCCGAAGAAAUUCAUGGACGUUAUAGCUACCAAUAAAAUCGCCACGAGCACGCCGGAAUCUAACAUCAACUCCACGAGCUUAUUCAGCGAUGAUGAGAACGAUGACGCAGAUCUAUUCGGCAACUCUAAAAAGCAAUCUCACAAACCUACGAAUACCCCAUUGUCUACAAAUACUCAGGAAUCGAGUAAAAAGAAACCUGUUGGAGGUGAGUGGAUACUCGGCAAUGUUUUGGCGUCGGACAUUGAGAGCAAACUAUCGAGCCGGAUAAUGCAACGGCGACAAGAGUCCGAAUCAUCCGAUAGCGACGCGCCAGGAAAUUCUGAUUGCGCGACGAGAAGCAACGUCGAGUCAGCAUCCAUGACUACGAAUCACAGUUCGCAAAAUCCUACGGAGAAUGUAUCCGCGAUUGUUGGGAGCACCAUCAGCAGUGGAAUAUCCGUGCAGCCGCCCAGUAUCGACAUCACAGUUGGAUCCGGUUUAUCGUAA